AUGGCCGACCGUCAAAUCGUCAACAGACAUAACUACACGUCUGCGUAUCUCAAUGAGGCUACUAUCCACAAUGGGGUGAUAUACUGUUCUGGAAAGGUUGGUAUGGACGAGAAGACACGCACUCUAGUGUCAGAUGAUGUUGGUGAACAGACUAGAGCAGCACUCAAUCUUCUCCAGUCUGCGCUACACAAGGCUGGAAGUGACUUCACCAAGCUUCUCAAGGUCAACAUUUUCUUGACCAACAGGGCCGACUUUGCGGCCAUGAACGCUGUCUACGUUGAUAUGAUCCCCGAUCCGAAACCUGCGAGAAUCUGUGUUACCGUCACAGAACUAGGGCUAAAUGCCAAGGUAGAGGUCGAUUGCACGGCGAUGGCUGGCGAGAACCUGUAG